AUGGCCACCAGAGAUUUGACAAUGGGGAUGAUCUUCUUAUCACAAACUCUUACAGGAAUCCUGGGGAAUUUCUCUCUUCUUUCCCAUUAUCUCUAUCUCUACCUCACAGGAUGCAAGUUUAGGUCCACAGAUUUGGUCAUCAAACACCUGAGUGUAGCCAACUGCUUAGUCAUUCUCUCUAGAGGAGUUCCCCAAACCAUGGCAGCUUUGGGGAUGAAGCAUUUCCUCAGGGACAUUGGGUGCAAACUGGUGUUCUAUGUUCAUAGGGUGGGCAGGGAUGUGUCUAUUUGCAGCACCUGCCUCUUGAGUAUCUCCCAGGCCAUCACCAUCAGUCCCAGGAACACCAGAUGGGCAGAGCUCAAAGCAAAAGCUCCCAAGUACAUUGGCUUCUCUGUUGCACUUUUCUGGAUGGUGAACCUGAUACUAAAUGUCAUGGUACCUUUGCAUGUGACUGAGAAUGGGAGUGACAAAAAUAUGACAAGGGAAGUUGAUUAUGGCUACAGCUAUUCAGUCAUUAGUGACAGAUUCACAGUGUAUGGAGCAGUGUAUGGAGCACUGGUGUUAUUAAGAGAUAUUUUCUUUGUGGUGAUCUUGAUGUCUAGAGCUACCCACAGCAUCCUCAUCCUGGUGAGCACCUUUGUGUCUUUGAGCAGUCUCUCCUCCCUCUUUCACAUUUGCUUGAUUGUUUUAAACAAUCCCAGUAUGUGGCUGGUGAACACCUCUGCACUAAUCGCUGGUAGUUUCCCAACCGUGAGCCCCUACAUUCUCAUGAGCCAUGACUCCAGAGUGCUUAGGCUCAUUUUUACCUUCUCGAGAUAUACAGAAUCCCCUGCUUAG